ACUUGGGAACCAUCGUGUCUUUACUGCAGACCAUCGACACUGCCCACGAGGACAUGAUUCACGAUGCCCAGAUGGACUACUACGGCAUCCGGCUGGCGACCUGUUCGUCGGACCGUUCCGUCAAGGUGUUCGACAUCCGCAACGGGACGCAGAAGCUGGUCGCCGACCUGAAGGGCCACGAGGGUCCCGUGUGGCAGAUCGCCUGGGCGCACCCUAUGUUUGGAACUGUGCUCGCCUCCUGCUCGUACGACCGCAAGGUGAUCCUGUGGAAGGAGACUGACGGCGCCUGGGCCAAGUUGGAGGAAUUCAAGAACCACGACUCCUCGGUCAACUCCAUCUGCUGGGCUCCCCACGAGUUCGGCUUGAUGCUAGCGUGCGGCAGCUCGGACGGAGCCGUAUCUAUCGUCAGCACCUCGGGAGACGGCUCCUGGGAAAGCCAGAAAAUCAACAAUGCCCACACGAUUGGUUGCAAUGCUGUCAGCUGGGCCCCAGCUAAAGUGUCGGCUGAAAUUUCCCUGGACGACUCCAAAGCCCUCAAGCGCUUUGUGACUGGUGGCUGUGACAACCUGGUGAAAGUGUGGAAGUUCUCGGAGGCCGAGUCCAAAUGGGUGGAAGAGCACAAGCUGGAGGCCCACUCGGACUGGGUUCGCGACGUUGCUUGGGCGCCGUCACCUGGCCUGGAGGCCCAGAGCACGAUUGCCUCUUGCUCCCAGGACCGACGCGUCAUCCUUUGGACAAGCUCUGACCUGGCCACAUGGAGCUUCCAGAUUCUUGCUACCUUUGAUGAUGUCAUCUGGCACGUGUCCUGGUCUGUCACUGGCAACAUCCUGGCCGUCUCUGGAGGGGACAACAAGGUGACGCUGUGGAAGGAGACUGUGGACAGCAAGUGGGUCUGCAUCAGUGAUGAUGCCAAGAGCCAAAACGCCCCUGCGGCUGCUGUAGGAAGUGCUGAAAGGAACCUCUAGGCUUGGAAAACUUGGGAUUAUAUUGGAAUCGUCAGUGGAGCAAAAUUUUGUUUAUAAUAAAUUCCCGGACUU